AUGAGAACAUUUCUUAAAUCCUGGAUUCCACAGUGUUUGUGGGUUCUCAGGUCACCUUCCAGAACAUUCCAUGGAAACAACCGGCUUCUUACAUCUCAGAUAGUUUCCCAUUAUGAAUCUAUAAACCAGGGUGAAAAGGAAGUGCCAGAAUAUUUCAACUUUGCAAGUGAUGUCUUAGAUAAGUGGACACAACUGGAAAAGGAUGGAAGAAAACCAGCAAAUCCAGCUUUUUGGUGGGUCAGUGAUAAGGGAGAGGAGGUGAAGUGGAGCUUUGAGGAGUUGGGCUCUCUGUCCAAGAAGACAGCCAAUGUCCUUUCUGAGGCCUGUGGUUUGCAGAGAGGAGACAGAAUUGUAGCAAUUCUGCCUCGUGUUCCUGAGUGGUGGCUCCUGAAUGUGGCCUGCAUGCGAGCAGGAAUUGUCUUUUUUCCAGGAACAUCCCAACUAACAGCCAAAGACAUCUUAUACCGACUCCAGGCUUCAAAGGCCAAGUGCAUUGUUACCAAUGACACGCUGGCACCUGCAGUGGAAUCUGUCCUGUCUGGCAGCCAGUUCCUGAAAAGUAAACUCAUUGUAGGUCAAGGGAGCAGGGAUGGGUGGCUGAACUUCAAAGAACUCCUUGCGGUUGCAUCUGCUGACCAUAUAUGUAUCAAGACGAGGAGUCACGACCCAAUGCUUGUGUAUUUUACCAGUGGAACUACGGGCUUCCCAAAAAUGGUGCUGCAUUCCUACAGCAGUUACGGCAUUGGAUUUGCAACCACUGGCAGGCGUUGGCUGGACUUGACUCCUUCAGAUGUAAUGUGGAAUACAUCUGAUACUGGCUGGGCAAAAUCAGCCUAUGGCAGUGUUUUUUCACCAUGGAUCUGUGGAGCCUGUGUCUUUAUACACAAUUUGCCACUGUUUCAACCAGAAGUUAUUGGAGAGACUCUCUCAAAAUAUCCCAUCACCACCUUCUGCACAGCUCCCACCGGGUUCCGCAUGCUGGUCCAACAUGACAUGAGCAGGUACAAGUUCCCGAGUCUGAAGCACUGUGUAACUGGAGGGGAAGCACUCAAUCCUGAAGUGUUUUCCCAGUGGAAAACCCAGACAGGGGUGGAUAUCCAUGAAGGAUAUGGCCAGACCGAAACAGUGGCAAUCUGUGCCAAUCUGAAAGGAAUGAAAAUUAAACCAGGCUCUUUGGGAAAACCUGUUCCCCCUUAUGAUGUGCAGAUCGUAGAUGAGCAGGGGGCUGUUGUGCCUCAAGGAGAAGAGGGCACCAUUGCUGUCCGAGUGAAACCCACCCGGCCCUUCUGUCUGUUCUCCGAGUACUUGGAUAAUCCAGAGAAAACUGCUGCCACUCUGUGUGGAGAUUUUUAUCUCACUGGAGACAGAGGCUUUAUGGAUGAAGAGGGAUAUAUCUGGUUUGUUGGAAGAGCUGAUGAUAUCAUUAACUCUGCUGGGUACCGCAUUGGCCCCUUUGAAGUGGAGAGUGCAUUGAUAGAGCACCCAGCAGUGGUGGAGGCGGCCGUUGUCAGCAGUCCCGACCCAGUGCGAGGGGAGGUGGUCAAAGCUUUCGUUGUUUUAGCUCCUCUCUAUGAAUCACAUGAUCAAAAAAAAUUAGCUCUUGAACUUCAACAACAUGUCAAGAAGGUGACUGCACCAUACAAGUAUCCAAGGAAGGUGGAGUUUGUUAAGGAGCUGCCAAAGACAGUUACUGGGAAAAUCCAGAGAAAUGUUCUAAGGGGCAAAGAGUGGGCAAAAGUAUAAAAAGAGCAAGAGUGAUCUGGAAAAUGUGGAGAGAAAUAUUCUAUUACCUGUACCAACGAUAACACAUCAAACAUGGCACAUGUUUAUGACCCAGAACACAUGGAAACAUUGCGAAAAACGAACUGUGGAAGAAAAAGUAGAAAACACUCAAAGUGUAACUACAAGUCUUAGAGACAUACAAAUAAAAGAGAAGUUAAUAAAAAUAA